UCAAAUUGGAAGACAGAGACGUACACACAAGGCAAUAAUUCAGGGAACAAUUCCAUCCAUCCACUGCUAUAAAAGGCGGUGUUGGGGUGUUGGGUCUCUUCAGUUCAGUGUGCUCAAGCAAUCUCAAAGAACUUGUCUUCUCCAUCCACACCGAGUUUUUCGGCUUCUUGACUUGAAGAUGUCUUGCAGCUGCGGAUCAAGCUGCAACUGCGGCUCCAGCUGCAAGUGCGGCAAGAUGUACCCUGACCUGGAGGAGAAGAGCGGCGCCGCCCAGGCCACCGUCGUCCUCGGCGUGGCCCCGGAGAAGAAGGCCGGCCAGUUCGAGGCGGCGGCGGAGUCCGGCGAGACCGCCCACGGCUGCAGCUGCGGCGACAACUGCAAGUGCAACCCCUGUAACUGCUGAUGAUUGCCUUCUUCCUUGGAGUUGGAUGAUGCAUGCUGCUACUACUCUGCUUGUCUUGUGUGUGAUGACUGAUUGAACAACAAUAAGGAUGAGCCAAGUUCAUGUGUGUAUCGGUUUGGCUCCAUCUCCAGCAUGCAUGUGUGUGUUUUGCUACUAUACCUUGUGCUCAUGUAUGUGUGUAUGUGUGUGUGUUGAUCGUUACAAAUGAAAUCAUGUAUGCAUCUCUGUAUGUGCUCAUGUGUCUUUGUAAUGGUCAGUCCAGAGUGAUGAAUACAUAAAAACUGGUUUGCUUU